UGCGUGCGUUCGUUCGUGCUCGGAAUGCCGUCCAUUAAUUGCCUCGCCGCGUCCUGCUGUUUUUGUUUGGCUGUGUUUAGUUUUGGCGCUGCUCCUUACAAUCUCUCUGCUUAAUCGCGCUCACCUCACCAUGAAUCAUCGUCCGUGAACGUAGCGCACUUCCUCGUUUGCUCGGCCUGACGCGGUGAUGGUGUUGUGUGCGAUGCGCCCCAUAAACAGCAUUCUUAUCCUCUUCCCUCUCUGUUUUCCUUAUUGCACAUUGUGCCAAAAAAUGGUUUCUUGAAAUAGAAAACGUGAGACCGCAGAGGAAGGGGGAGAAGGGGGAAGGGGGUCCGAUAUUGGCAGUGAAAAAAGACACACAAACGUUGGACAUAUCGUGAGAAAGCAGGAGGAGGAGGUGGUUCCCGAGAAGAAAGUCUCGAGCUGCUUCUUCACACUCUGGUCUGGAUCUGGCGCUGUGUUUUGAUCGAAUUUCGCAAGCUCCCAAAUCCUCAAUGUUUUCCUUAAUCCAUUGCAGCAGUACACACAUGGUCACCACACACCACAUCGCAAUCGUGAGAGGAAAAUCGGGGCACGGGUGUGUGUGUGGGUGCAAUGAUGACGAUGAAAUUGCACUUUUCCCCCACAUCGCUUGGUGUAUUGGGGCGGUCAUUGGCAUGAUUGGUGCUGUCUCCGCUGUGGUUGCACUUUCGACAGCCGUUUUUCUUCUGCACACACACACACACACACACACACACACACACCGGGAAAGGGGUAAAAGCGAACAAAACACACAUACAGACAGACACAGUAACAGCCACAGGCACAACAGGAAAGUGGGUUUGGGUUUCGCCGUUAGUUGUGUUUUGAUUCCGGCUCGCGGUGGUACCGGAUGUGUGACCUUUGAUGCACCUUGAACAGUGAGCGUGUAAAAAACAGCGUGUUUACGUCGUCCAGCUGUCGGUGGAUGCGAAAGAGUUUGUACCGUUGAUUAAGCAGCAGCCGCUACCGCAGCAACAACAUCCUUCUUACCACCACCAGCACCAGGGCGGCGGCGGCGGAGGCGGUGGCUAUCCCCAGCCGCAGAUGGCGAUGCAUCAACCGUCCCAGGUGCACCAGCGGUUCGCGAUGGCGCAGGGUGGCGUCGAACCGGGCGGUGGCGGUGACGGUGGCGGCGGCUACGACUACGGUGCGAUGGCGCACCAUCAGCAGCUGCCCGGCAACAGCAACGGCGGGGGCAUGAUGAUGGCGAACGGGUCCGACGUGUCGGCCGUGCAGAACCGGUUAAGCAAUAUGCAGAUCGUGGACGGUGGUGGUGAUAAUGGAAAGGAGUUUAAUCAUCACCAUCAGCACCACCAUCACCAGCAGCAGCCGCACCAUCAGCAGUCAAUGCAUCAUCAGCAGCACCGUGGCCAGCAGCACCACGGGUACCAUCAUCAUCAGCCGCACCAUCAGCAGCAGCAUCAGCAGUAUCCGUACGGCGGCGGCGGCUACUCCAACAACCAUCCGAUGGCGAUGGGAGGUGGUGGUGAUCACCGGAAGUACAACAAUGGUGGUGGCCAGCAGCACCAUCAUCGCUCCCGCCAGCAGCAGCAACACCAUCACCAUCAGCAGCAGCACCAUCAUCAGCAUCAUCAGAUGCACCAGCAGCAGCAGCAGCAGCAGCAGCAGUAUGGUGGAAAUCAUCACCACCAUCACGACUAUAUGGAGGGUGGCGGUGGUGGCCCGGCGGGUGGUUACAAUGCCGGCAUGGCGGCCAACUGGGAUUCGAACUUGCAGGAAGAUCUCGAACAGAUCUCGUACCGACAGACGGAAGCGCUGGACUAUCUGACCGAGGUGAUUGCCGAGCUGUUCGACAAUCCGGGCAUCUUCGACGAAGUGAAGAAGAAGCUGCCAAACAGGCUGGGCGAUCUGUACCAGGAUCAUUAUGUGCUGAGCACCACGAUUGAGACGAUCUUCGAUCAGUCGAUCCGGGAAUCGAACUUCCGCUACAUGGGUGCCCGCCUCUGUCAGCUGCUGGACAGCAUCAACAAGGCGCCCAAUCUGAUGCUGCGCGAGCUGCUGCAGCUCAAGAUGGACCACCAGAACAGCGAGCUGCCGGAGUUUAUGAAGCAGGAGCAGGUGAAGGUGCGCGGCGCGACUCUCUUCCUAGCCGAGCUGUACAUGCAGCUGAGACAGCCGGAGGAACCAUUCGGCAAGACAAUUUCGGAGUACAUCGUGAGUGCGAUCGAGAUACUAGUGGCCAAGAAGGGUCCGGAAAAUCUCAAAUGUGUCUGCCAAUGCUUAAAGCUGUGCGGUUUCGAGCUCGACCAAGACUGCCCGGACAAGGUGGACCAGAUCAUGAAGAAUCUGGACCAGGCGCGCAGUUCCGUCCCGUCGGCGGCGGAGAAGAUCAUCGGCUCGGUGAUCGAGCUGCGCAAGAUUGCGUGGGGCCGCAGCGAGGAGAUCUCGACGCCGUCGGCGGCCCUGCCCCCGAUGCCGGUCAGUGUUGGCGCGAUGGGGCCCGGCGGCCCGAUCGGUGCCGGCGAGUACCAGAACAAUCCCGUCUUUUACGGCCCGGACGGCCAGGUGCUGACCGAGGAGGAAAGCUCAUUUCUCGAAACGAACGUCAAGAACAAGGCACAGGCGCAGCAAGCUUUCAGUGGCUACGACGAUGACGAUGAGUACGGUCUGGUCGAUCCGGAUGACGAUCCGGAGGUGCAGCAAGCCUUCGUGGAGUUCCUGCAGAGCAAUCCUCAAAAUCGGCAGCCGCAACACCCGUACCGGCCGGACGUAUAAAAGAUGAUAGGGGGGGAGAGUGUCGCAGUUGGAACGUUUCCUGUUUUUUGCUGCUUUUUUUUAAACAUAAAAGAAGCAGCUACAAGAAAAUCGCUUGGAAGGAAGGAGUGGGCAGGAGGAGGAGAAGGAGGAAGAAGUGCGUUAAGUCGGAAGUAAAGUUAAGAUUACAAAAAAAAGGCAAAAGCAGUCAUAGAAAGAGAGUGUUAAACAAUAUCCAGCUACAGAGAAACACCUCUUGAUGAAAAAAAAAAAACCAGACACACACUACUUAUACAUUCAAAUUGUCGAUAGAAUAGAAUGAAUAAUUUCAAACAAACAAACAAAAAAAGAAGAAUAGAUACAACAUUUAGUAACCGCGCACGAAUCAGAAUCGUGGCGGGAAAGAAGUUAAGAAGAAAGAGUGAACAACAACAACAACAAAAAAAAUGCUCCAGAGGACAUUAGCAAUAGAGAAGAAUCCCCGACAGAGCCCCGCAGCGUAAUAGAGCGCAUUAUUAUGCAAGAAAAGAAACAAAAAAGGAAGCCAACAAGGAAAGGAAGGAUAUUUAGUCAUGAAACAAUGGGGACAAGGCACAAAGGAGAGCGCGUGCGUGCGCAGCUUAGUAGCGCGCAGCCAAAGGAAAAGUCGCCAGGUGCAUUUUAAACUGUUUUCCAAACCCCCCCCUCUCUCCAUGGUGGUAUUUAUAAUGUUUUUUCCGUGCCUCGUUCGUUUCGCGCUCUUGCGUGUGUGCGUGUGUGUUGUGUUUAUUGUUUGUAUUUUUGAAAAGUGUAAACAAGUCAUUAAAGGGUCGGCAUUGAGAGGAAAGUACGGCAUGCAUUUUUUGCUCUCAUGUACGUGUGCGUGUGUGUGCCUUUGUGCACAUGCUUUUAAUCUGCGGCCUUUUGCCUGGGCCUUUUUCGUGCGGGAAAAGCUUCUCCGCAAUACUCUCAGGAAAUUUUAAAAUAGAUAGAGCUGUCUGAACGGAUUUUUGCUCGUCAAAUCAAGGAAAAUCAGCUCUCUCCAUCCCGGAGAAAGUAGAACGCAGCUUCUCCCCAUCUGUAUCUAAGAACAGGAUCUCAGCAAGAGUAGGCAAAUGUUACCGCUCACUUACAACAACACACACAACAGUGCGCACGAUAUAAUUGGUUCUUGAAGAAGUGUCUCCUUCUUGCUUACAAAGUAAGGUAACAGGUUUAUACUUACGCGUGAAGGCUGUCCCCUUAGCCAUGCAUCCUCUUGUGUAUAUCCACGUUGCUUCCCAGUUGCCUUUGAAUGUUCACUUUUUUGUAUGUGAGUGUGUGUUAAAAUAUGCUCAGAAAGUUCGUAAUGAGCCAACAUGAACCCUCCCGACAGGCAAUAUAAAUGUGUAUAGGCUCAACGUACAUUCUUUUUUAACACGCCAUUUGGUGUGUGUCGCGUCCGUUUUCUUCCUCUUUCACACCCAUACAUACACACUCACACGCACACGGCAAAACAUACCUACAUAAAUAUACAUAUAUUUUACAUGAAUUCGCUUUUCGGUUAGUAGAAGGCACAAAGUGUUCUCUGGAAUAAAAAUGAUGAAAAAAAAAAUACAAUAAAUGAAAAUUAUGAAAAUGAA